AUCAGGAAACAAACAACCGGAGUCCCAGCACUACCAACACUCAGUAUCCUCACAUGACAGGGAUUUCGCCAUGUUCCUACUUCUCCUCCUUUUCUUUUCGUCCACCAAUGGAUAUGACCGAUUAAGAAAAGAUAUUUAUCCGACUAAAUAUCAUCUGACGCUCCAGCCAAGUUUUGAAGGGGACUUUACUUAUCAUGGUGACCUGAGCAUCCACUUGGUUGUAAAUGAUACAGACACUAUUAUAUUAGACUGUGAGGAUUUGAAUGUGACAUCAACUAGUUUGGUCUUCGAUACGUUCUUUCAAGUCCCCGUCUCAUAUGAGCAAACAAAUAACCAGCUUAUCAUAACUAGCAGAACUGUCUUAAGAAGUGCCUACCAAGUUGAGUUAAAUAUUACCUUUGAUGGUCGAAUUAGAAAGGAUGUGGCUGGAUUUUAUUUGAGCACAUAUCAAUUCGAAGGAAAGCAAAGAUUCUUGGGAAGUACUCAAUUUCAAAGCAGUGAUGCAAGGAAAGCUUUCCCAUGUUUUGACGAACCAUCAUUCAGAGCUAAUUUCAGUUUAGAAAUAAUAAUUCAUCCUAACAUGAGUGCCAUAUCAAACCAACCAGCCAUCUCCAAUCAUGUUAUAAAUGGAACGAGAAGGAUUAUAUUUGCUGAGAGAUCUUCGAUACCAACAUAUCUUGUAGCCUGGAUAAUAUAUGAACCUGAGAGUUAUGGAUAUGUUUCCAAAAACGUAACUACAAGCUGUGAUCCAAACAGAUCCCUGACUUAUAGUCUCUGGUCUGACUUGACUUACAAAAAUGAGACAUCCCUGGCGCUCAAUGCGGCUCCAGAAAUGGUAUCUGCUCUUGAAAAUUUCACAGGUGUUUCAUGUGAAGCAGUAAAAUACAAAAUGGAUUUGGCAGCUAUACCUGAUUUUCGGGCAGGCGCAAUGGAAAAUUGGGAAAUCAUAACCUUUCGGGAAAGUGCUCUACUUUACAACAAUCUAACUUCUUCAGUAAAUGACAAGCAAUUAACCCUAAUGAUUGUGGCCCAUGAGCUAGUUCAUCAUUGGUUUGGGGACUUGGUGACCCUAGAAUGGUGGAGCUAUUCUUGGCUCAAUGAAGGAUUUGCAAGAUAUUUGCAAUAUGUUGCGACUGAUCAGUUGUAUCCUGACAUGAACCUGAUGGAACAAUUUUUGGUAGACCGCCGACAAACUGCUUUAGAAGCUGAUAGCCCUCGAGCUCAUCCACUCACCAAUAACAAUAUUAUUUCUGAAGAGGAUAUAGAUUACAUGUUUGAUGAAAUAACAUAUGACAAAGGAGCCUCUGUGAUCCACAUGUGGCGAUCAACAAUAGGUGAUGAACAAUUUAGGAGAGGGCUAAAGAAUUAUCUAAAUAAUGUAGUGAGGUUGGGUGGAGUGUCUGAACCUGGAUACUUGUUCUCUGCACUUUUUAGCGACACUACUUGGAACAAUAAUCAACUUGGAUCAACAUGGACAUUGCAAAAUGGAUAUCCUAUAGUAGUAGCAACAGAAAGCAACUCAACCCUGACACUAAGACAGAUCAAGGUUACUGGAUGGAAUACUACUGAAGAGGGACAGUGGUUAAUCCCCAUUACUAUUACUAAAAAUAAUAAUAGUACAUUUUCAUACAAUUUAGAGCCGGAUAGCACACUGCAAAUUCCACUUGACCCAAACACAACUUAUAUUAUUAACUCAAAUCAAAGUGGUUUCUACAGAGUGAUGUACCACAAUAUUAGCCGAUGGCUUCCGACUGUAACAACAGAUCUAACAAGGUCAAUGCUCAUCAAUGAUGCCAUGGCGCUAUCUAAAGCUGGUCUUCUUCCUUAUCGGACCUCAAUGUCUCUGGUCUCUCAUCAUUUGAAUGGCUAUGGAUAUCUUCCAUGGACAUCAGCUUUAAGGGCAUUUUCGAUGGUAGAUGAUAUUCUGCAAACUUCUGAACUUGGGCCAAGAUGGAGAGAGUUGGUACUUAAUUUAAUGGACAAUGUAAUGAGAAAUGUAGCACUUAACAAUUCCCUUUCUGAAACUCAUAUUUUGAAGCUCCAUAAAAUGAAUUUACUAAGAUAUGGUUGUAAGUUCGAAAAUAUAGGUUGUCUGAUUGAAGCUGGUAAAUUAGCAUCAAAUCUAAGCUACGGAACACCAGAAAUGCGUGAUGCUCUACUUUGUACAGUAGCAAGAAUAGGCAACGAAUCAAUUUGGAACCAGAUUUUUAUAAGAUACAACACAUCAAAUUCUCCAACUGAAAAGCUGUCAUACUUGAAAGCACUUUCGUGCACUAAAGAUAGAUCUAUUAUAAAGAAAUUCCUUGAAAUGCUGCUAACACCAGUAAUAAGGAAACAUGACAUUACUUCAACUGCAGUACUAAUUGCUAGUUCUCCAGAAGGAGCAGAGGAAGUACUAAAUUUCAUUAAAAACAAUUAUCAACAGCUUCUGAAUUAUGUGAACAAGCCAAAAAGAAUUAAAGAUGUGUUGUCGGCAGCAACUAAAUAUGUCAACGAUUCACAAUUAGCUGAAAUCAAACAAAUGGCUAUAGUAUUACCACAAUUGAUCACUGAAUCGUUUAUAAGUAAUUUGGAAAAAACGAUUGCCCAAAAGAAACAUCAAAUAAAAGCUUUAAGUGAUUUUCUUCUAGGAACAGACAACCAAGAAGUGACAACACCAGAAGAAGUAACAGAUAAAGAGGAAACAUCGGAGAAUCAUUCCUGUAGGCUGAAUGUUGAAAUAAUAUGGGUAUUAUUACUAGCAAUGUUGUACAUUAGAAAUGGUAUAAUGUGAUUAUUAAGUAAAGCAUUAUACAGAGGAAAUAAAACAUGUAAUAAGAUUUUUCACUACUUGAAGUUUAUAAAAAUAUGAAAGACUUACUAUGAUAAUUAACAUUAAAAAUACAGCUAAAAUUAAUAAUUAUAAGAGCAUAUGAAGUUUUAAUUAUAAAAUAAAAAUAAAGUAAAUAAUUAAGUACUAUUAUAUCAAGAUAUUAAUAAGACCUGUGUUUAAUUUAUAUAAUAUUUCUUAAAUAAAUUAAUUUAUAAAUAUACAAAUGUAUAUAGAUAACAAAUAAAAAAUAUUGUGUUUAGAGUAAAUAUUUAUUUAUAUCAACUAGUAAAGAUCACAUGGAAUACAAUAUAGCCCUCCAUCAUUCUUUACAACUUUAUUAUAUUUACAAUUCCUUUUAGGAUUUGUGUAUUUUUCUUCAUGGUUUUUAUUGAUUUCAAUCAAGAAAGAUGGCUUAUAAUAGCCAUAGGAUAUUAUACAACUCUGCUUCCUUAAGAGGAUAUAAACUACAUCAGCAACCAUGAGAGAAAGAUUUUCAAUUAGCCAGAUGUUUAAUAACAUUUGCUAUGUCUUCUGAUAAGUUCUUGCUUUGAAUAAUCAGUAUAAAAAGUUGGAUAUCAAUUGUAGCCAAAUAAGUUUCUUUAAUCAGCAAAGUCAGUCAGUUGGCACUCCUCCAAAAUUAAUUUUAUUAAAAUUAAUUAAAUUAAAUUUUAAAAUUAAAAUUAAAAUUUACCACCAGUAAGGCUUAUCUUCUUCCUUGAGAUUAUGAUGGCUUACGGUAAGGCAGUAAAUUUUCUCUAUUGAUGUUUCUUAACUUUUUCUAGAAUUUGUUCAUUAUUUUAAAGAGGAGACAGUUAUUUAUUUUUUCAGGAAUUAAUCUUUAUUUCAUAAUUAUUUUAUUUAAAAAAUAACAACCAAUCUGUUCCUAUUAAUUAAUUUUCCAAAUGUUUGUAACUAUUUUAUUUAAAUUGUUUUCUUCCAACUUUAGGAGUCAGGUGACCCAUCUUGCCCUCUGGAAAUAUCUUAGUUUAACAAGUGCUGUAUAACUUCAAACAUAUUUCUGCGAUUUUUAGAAACUUAGUUUUAGCAAGUUGUUUCCUUUUGUAUAUAUUGUUCUCUAUAUUGAAUUUUUAAAUCUGAUAUCUUUAUAUCAAGUUGGUCACAACUCCUCUCUUGAUUUUUAUAAAAUAUUAAACCACAUAUUAUGUAAUAAUGAGACAAUAAAAAUUUAAAUCUCUAAAUUUUCAUUUCAGUAACUCAAUUUAAAAUGAGAAUAUUAGCUCCAUCUAAUAAUUUAAAUUAUAUAACAAGAUAUUAUAAAUUAUACAUAAUUCAACAUUAUAUCUCAUUCUCUUGAAAUUCUGAUUAGCUAGAACAGAGGGCCUCCAAACUUUUUUACGCGUGGGCUACAUUGAGAUCUCCACCCAAGUUCCAUGGGCCAUGGCUUGGGAUUAAAAAAAUUGUUUUCUAUAAAUGAAACUUCAGAUGCUAAAUGAGUUUUUUAAGAGAAAAACAAACAAAAAAAACAUGCAAUAAAUGUAGUAGUUGUAAGUAGUUUAAUGCUAUAUAGGUAUUUAGGGUACAUAUUUAAUAGCGUCAAAACCCCCCUUCUUAUCUAAUCUCAUUUCACAUAACCUCCCUUAUCUCAUCUAACCUAAGUUAUUCUCUUGUUUCUUUUAUUUUUUUUGUUUCUUGUGAGCUAGUGUUAUUUAAUUAUGGAUGUUGUCACAUUGUGGAAAUUGCCCUCUUCAGAAGAAGAGGCUAUCAAAUAUUUUAAAGACACCGGGAUAUUUGCAAAGGUCAAAUAAUACGUGGUUAGAGGGGUCGAGGAUUUCUUUUUUAACGGCUUUAAAAUUCAUUAAUGGUUGGUCCCAUAAUUUAAUAACAAUACAGUGGGGGAAAGAGCAGCUCAAACUAUCCAACUCAACUAUCU